AUGGGGACUAAGCAGCUGGGCAGUGUGAUGGCGGACGCCCAUGCCUUCGUUGCACGGGCAUGCAGUUCCAAUGUCGAUAUGACAGCGAAAGACGCGCGAGGACUACCGCACGCGGCAGGACACAGGCGCAUCAGUGCGUUGCGCCUCCGGGGCGAGCUCAGCGAACGUUCCCUGGAGCCAGUUCCAGCAGCUCUGGCUGUGGGCUCAGAAAGCGCCAUUAAUAUCGUCGAUGGAUGCACUUCAGCCCAGUCGCCACCCUCGGCCACGUUUGAACCUUAUUCAACCAGGAAUUACGGUCCAGAUAGGCUACCUGAUACGCAAUCCCAAAACCUGCUCCGUUACCCGCAUGGCGACGUGUCUCCGUCUAUACUGUGGACUACCGCUUCGCCUCAGUCCCCUUCCACAAGCAACGGAGCUGGUUCCGGCACAAGUCCAGGACUGACGACAAGUCCUCCCAAACGCAGCGACCGUUCUUCAGACCCAGCCUUUGCGGUCACUGAUCAUGGCUUGCCUCACUGGCCACCGAAUCUCAAAGAUGACGAAAUCCUACAAUACAUAGAUAUCUUCUUCGACAGGCUAUACUCCACCCUACCCGUCGUGGAUCGGCACGACUUCCAGAGGAAGGUGAUGCUACAAAGAUACCUGCAUGACUCCUCCUUCGCAGCAUUGGUACUGUCCAUGUGUGCUUUUGCUCUACUGCAGCCUGUGUAUCAUCAAGAGUACGAGUCGAUGGACAGGCGACAGAGUGUCGCAAAAGACAUGCUUCAAGCAGCUAAUACAAUGCGCUCAAGCUUUGACUUUGGUGAGAACAUGACACUGGAGACUGUAUUGACGAGCUUCUUCAUGUUCGCGGCACUGUUUGGACUUAACCUCCAGAAAGCGGCGCUGCUUCGUCUUCGAGAGGCUGCGGAAGUGGGCAAGCUGCUGGGACUGCAUCGACCAGAUAACUAUGCGCCCCUCGGCUUCGAUGAGAAAAGUAGACGCUUGAGAUUGUUCUACAUCUUGGCUGUGACCGAACGGGGCUUUGCGCUCCAGCGCAAUCACAGUUCAACAUUUUCGAGACAACACAUACGCACAAUGUCCCCUGUUUUGGAAGAGCUACAAGCCAAGGCCAGUCAACGUUCCGAAGCGAUUAUUGUACAUGAUCAACGGUCGGCCCCGGCUAUGCACGGCUUGCUUCAACUGAUAGCACUUUUUGAAUCUGUGGACGCAGAGAUUGUACCAUGUUUCAAUAGGAGUUGCACUCCACGAAAUCAACGGUGUAUGCAGCUCACCACGGCCGUUGCGAUCAAGACAUACGAUGCUAUCAAGGGUGUCAUAGGCCGUCCCGCAGACCGGCGCGAAGGGCAACCUGUAUGCUCACCGCGCGUCAACCUUGAUAUAACCUACACCACCCAAGCGUCCUCGGAGCUCAGCACGUCUCAAUACGCCGACUGCUUCACACUCCAGCAGUGGCUUCUCAUCAGGCUCUGGGUAGCCUGUCUUGCGCACGACCUUCUUUCGGCGGACGAGUCAUGUCUGGUUCUAUCACCAACCUUUCCCGUAGCUAUUGCGUGGGAUGUGUGGAGCAAAUGUAAUGCUCUUGGUGAAGCCGUAUUGGAGGUUCACGGUCUCGGCAUGAUUGAGCGCAUUCACGACGUCGCAAUGGGCGUCGUGUUGACCUUGCAGUCGCAUUCAGAGACCCGCAGUCUUGUGCCAUGGGACUACGGUUGCCAGGUGGUCGAACAGUAUCUGGGUUUGCUAGCGCGUCUACGUAAUGGCCAGCACCCUUUCCAUGCGGCUCUGCAGAACGCCUUCGACUCGGUCCGUUGA